GUCGACUCUACGUUCCUAGGAGCAACAUGCCUACCGCAGUGGUGUCUGUCCCGCUAAUAACACUUAAAGAGAAGAGGCCUCCAUCAUGCGUUUCCCAUCAUGCAUUGCCCAUCAUCGUGUGCGCCGCGCCUCACCACCAGCCGCAAGUCCUGGCUACCCAGAACGACGAACGCCCGACACGAAGCGACAUCUUUUCUGACCCUUCACGUGAGGCUGUGUGUGUUCGGCCCAGCCGAGGCUCGAACGAGUCGUCCCGCCGAGCCGACCGUCAUGCCCGUUCGUCAGUGUUUACGAUUUUGUUAAAACGCCAUAAUGCUUUUAGCUACGCCAUAAUGCUCUUAGCUACGCCCAAAAGGCAGGCAUCGAAUGGCCUUCAUGGCCUCGGUGUUACGUGUGAUGGGCCAUGAUGGCCCAUGAAGAAGUAUUGCCUGCGCGCCGAUUACCCCGACCUCUGGCCUCUAGAGAGUCGAUGCACUGGAUCAACCGUGAUGGUUGGAGCCGCACAAUGGACGGCUAGCCCUGCCGGGGAACCCUCAUGCGGCAGUCGCGGCGCAGAAUCCGGUUCUCUCGUUCCCUCGUUCGCGACUCCCAAGCUUUCCCGUUGGGUAUGGCUUUCGACCGGCCUACUGGCAAGACACGUAUCCGGAUUAGCCAUCAGUGGCAUGGCUAGCAUGACUCUCGACGCACGCGAGCUGACUUAGCAUUCGUAUCAUCGAGUUCUUUAAGAAGUCUCGGAACUAGACGCGUAUUCGGAUCAGUCAUCAGCGGCAUGGGACGCAUGACACUCGACGCACGCGAGCUGAUUCAGCAACCUUGGCCGCACGCCACAUGGCAGCCGUUUCCCCAUGCUCAGAUGGCGAGGUGUUUGCGACGCGACAAGUAGCAGAAGCUAGGCCGACGGGACUUCCAUUUCGUAUUUUUCUGAGCCAGCGGCGGGGACGAGGCACGGCGUGCGAUGGCGCCGCGAGCGCACGAGUCUUCCGGACGAGUCGUUCUCUCCUGCGCUGGCCACUGCUGCUCGUCGCGCCGCCGACUGACGGACGGGUGGAUUGAUGGAUGGGCCGAGUAUAAGAUUCCUCGCCACUCCUCUCCCUCCUUACGGUUGACCUCGCGUCCUGCUCGUUCUCCCUUCGUUCUUGUGCCUCCCUCCCUCUUAUCGUCUGCACUAAUCGGCACGGUUCCGCUUGAAGCGAGAGUGUUUUGUCCUGUGAGCUAAUCGAAGCCUCAGUCAGUUGUCAGUGAGCAGCAUGGGGAAGCUUCUGGCGGUUUUCGCGGUGCUGGCGGCGCUGCUGGUGCACGGCGCCAUGGCCGAGGAGCAGGAGUUUCUUCCCGGGCAGCCCAAGGAGACGGUUCGGGGCAGCGGAGGGCGCGUGGAGGUGUGGAGCGAAGAUUUCAAGCAGCUGCAGACAGCGGAUGUGGGAGCAGCACUGAUCACUGUCGAGAGCCAGUCCCUUGCGCUGCCGUCCUACUCUGAUUCGGCUCAGGUGGGCUAUGUGUUAAGCGGCGAGGCCAUGGCUGGCCUGCUCAGUCCCAUGGGAGCUCCUACCACCCUCAGGCGUCUGAGGGAGGGUGACGCCUUUGUGGUGCCAAGGGGGUGGGCGCGUUGGAUCUGGAACAACGGCCAGCAGCCUCUGCGUGUUGUCUCCCUCGCCGAUACGUCCAAGGGCCCUGCUGCCGGCCGCUACAGCGCCUUCCACCUCAUGGGAGCCCAGAAGGAGCGAUUUGGCGGUGUUCUGCACGGCUUCAGCCGCGACCUGCUGGCUCACGCCUGGGACGUGGAGGAGAAGGAUGUGCAGCAGCUGCUGGACGGGCAGAAGGAAACAUCUUUUGUCAAGGUUACUCCGCAGCUCCGGGCAGAGCUUGAAACUCUCGCCAACAGUCUCAAUCAGGCAGAGCUGCGUGAGGAGGAAGGUGGAGAUACGGAGGGGGCACGGGUAAACGACCAGCCGCACUUUGGCAAGGGAGCCAAGCGCAGCGUGAGCAUCUUUGCGGACUUCACCUACAACCUCAAGCAGCGCCAGCCGGACAUCUACGUGAAGUGCGGGGGGACGAUCACCGCCGCCAACGGAUACAAGCUCCCGGCGUUCCGCAAAGUGGGCUUCGCUGUUGCCCGUUUUAACCUGGAAGCGAAUGCGAUGACGGCGCCCAGGUGGUUUGCGAACGCGGCGUCUAUGCAUCUCAUCACGCGGGGCAAGGGACGGGUGGAGAUGACUUAUCCGGAUGGCAGGCAGGCGCUCAGGCACAACGUGAAGGAGGGCGACUUCGUGGUCGUGCCCGCUGGCUUCCCGCACGCUGCGAUUGCUGAUGGUGAGGGUAUGGAGUGUAUCACCAUGAUUCCCAAGAGCCGCCCUCAGCCAGGCUUCCUGGCGGGGGUGAACUCAGUGUACCGCAUGAUGCCUUACAGCGUGCAGAAGGCUGCCUUUAACGCGGAUGAGAAGCUUCUGCAGAAGCUGCGCGCCACCAGGCAGACUGAGUACGGCAUCCUGCCACCCAGGAAGACGGGGGGGGAGGAGGAAGAGGAGGUGGAGCCGGAACUGGCAAAGCUCAUUGAGCAGGUUGUUUUGUUUUAGAUGGCGGUGCGUAUCCAGAGAGCAACUGCAAGAUUGGGGGGGAGGAGGAGGAGGAGGUCCAGCCGGAGAGGACAAGGUUCAUGGAGCACGUUGUGCCGUUCUAGAUGGAAAAGUGGAUCCCUGGAAAGUCAUAAGAGAGCUGAGUUGUAGCAGUCUGAAUAGGAUUGGGAUAUGUGGAUGGGAGGUACGUAGGAGGGGGAAGGGUGGGAGAAAAGGAGGAGAGGGGGAGAAAGGAGGUGUAGGCCAUGCUUUACCACUGUUGGAUUGAUCCACUGUACAUAUGUUGGGCCGAGAAAAAGCCCUUAGGAUCUUUCAGAGACUAAGUCCCAGUUGUACAAGAUACUUCAAUAGUGCAGCGGAAGUUGA